CUUUAUGAACUGGACAACGACCCACAACGGAAGGAGUUCCUCGAUGACCUCUUUGCAUACAUGCAGAAACGAGGUACACCUGUGAAUCGAAUCCCCAUCAUGGCCAAGCAGGUGUUGGAUCUGUACAUGCUGUAUAAGCUGGUGACUGAGAAGGGAGGUCUGGUGGAGGUGAUAAACAAGAAGAUCUGGAGGGAGAUCACCAAAGGCCUGAACCUGCCCACCUCCAUCACCAGCGCCGCCUUCACCCUGCGCACACAGUAUAUGAAGUACCUGUACCCAUACGAGUGUGAGAAGAAGGGUCUGAGUUCACCUGGAGAGCUGCAGGCGGCCAUCGACGGUAACCGCAGAGAGGGCCGUCGCCCAGGAUACAGUAACAGCCUGUACCGCUUCUCCCCUUCCCCCAGUGCAUCAGCCCCUCACCUCCUCUCUCCUCCUAAAAUGCACCUGCCAGCCACGGGACAUAAUGGACUGCAGGCCACCCCCAGUCCUGCCCUGAAGACAGCCACAGUCCCAGAGGACGGUCCAGCCUCCAUGUUGCCGGGUCGACUCCCCCUAGCACUGGCUCUCGGGCAUCAGCAGCAGCUGGCACGGGCCGCCACCCUGGAGCAGCUGAGGGAGAGGCUGGAGACCGGCGCGCUGGAGGUGCCCGAGAGGAAGAUGGCGCGUCUGGCGGAGGAGCAGCAGAGGCUAUUGCAGCAGGCUUUCCAACAAAACCUGCUGGCCAUGGCAUCCCAGGUGAACCCCGCCAACCUGCGGAUGAACAACACCAACACCCGCGAGGACAAACAGGACCUGUCUCUCAGCAUCUCUUCUAAUGGCUCUGCUAGCAUUAAUGUGUCUGUGGAGGUCAAUGGGAUUAUUUACUCAGGAUCCUUAUAUGCUCAGAAGUCUGGAGCUGUUCCCACCGCUGUCACAGCCAUGUUCGCAGGCCAGACCUCUACCCUCAGUCCCCGUAUCCCCUCUUCCUCCUCCUCUUCCUCCUCAAAGGGCUCUGACUCUGUGGAACCGGCCACAGGAGGGUCACCCUAACGGUCACCAGCUCCACCUACAAAACAGCCAGUCAGUCCAACCCAAACUACAGUCUUUCCUCCGAGCGGCGGGAGCCGUUCUGCCCUCUAGAGGCGACAUAGCAAAUCCCAGUCUGCCUCCCGCACAAACCACAGCUGUGUUUUCUCCUUCCAGUGAAGAGAGGACCACACACAUACACUUUUACAAACUCAUCAGCUGUUAAAGCUCAUCACGGACCCCACCUGCUCUUUUCUACAAGAUGUUUUCUCAGGACUGAGAAGGUUUUUAGAGAUGUUUGAUUCAACAGAAUACCUCAGCUGUCUUAAUCUCAGUGCUAUCGUGAGUGGAAACACUUCGGUCGGUGAUCGUGUAAUCAUGCCUUUCCGCACCCACAGUCAUUCACUCACAGAGAUCUGCGAAGCAAUCAUGGCAUGAUCAAAUCUACUUCUGCCAAAGUCACAUUUGUGAGGUUGUGGUUGACACUUUUUCACUUUUUUGCUGUCUAUUAAUUCUCUUAUUUAAAGUUUGCUGAAUUUACCUCAUCUGCAGUGAAUUUAAAAGACUCAGAUCCGAUUAUGAUACUGCUGUGUUGCUCUGUCUAAUUUGAUGGAUUUUUAAAAAAUGCUACAAUCCCCAUCAAGUGUUGCAAAGUUGGUUUGGUAAGAAAAGGGGUCACAGAUAUUCUUUUUUCCUUUUUAAAAAAUUAUUUACUUGAUUUUAUUGUUUUCUAUUUCCGUUGUUUUUUAGCGUCUAGAUACAGAAAUAUUAAUAUGAUUUGAAAAGAGUUUUGAGUUUGAAACUGCAUUUUACACAGCGGAGAGGUUUUGGUUUUUUGUUCUUAUUUAGACAUUUACAGGCAACAGUUUGGUUGAAAGAUUUUUCUCUACCUCAGACACAAGACAAUGUAUGGUUGAAAGGAAAUUAUGUGGACACACUGUUUGUGUCGCACAUGUCAAUCAUUUCAGUGCGUUGGACGAUCAUGUACAGGCUCGUAAAUAUAAGGGCCUUGAUUAAUGUACUAUUCUUCUACUCUGCUGCGCAUACGAGUUCUUUAAAACAAACCAGGUCACGGAAAAGCAGGAUAACAUUCAAAUCAAAGGAAGAUUGGAUGUUUUUUUAUUUUGUAUUUUUAGUUGUUGAACUUCAGACCUCACAUAACUUUCCAUAUUGGAAAGAGUUUCUCAGGAAUUGUAUUUUUUUUUUCAUAAAAUUUUUUACUUCAGAACCUCGACGCAGUCUCGCUCCUGAAACGUAUGACACUAGAUAUAACUCGGUCGGUGUGGGACUGAAAUAGCUACCUCACUCAGGUUUUACCUCGGAUGUAGUUCAAUGCCUGCAGUACAUCACUGAAUUACCUCAGAAGUACUGCUGUCUUUUAAUGCAAAAAAAAUCUCUCAGGUAAUGAAUUAGCGAGAUACCUCAGUGAAAGGCAGAACUACGUUAAUACGGCAGUGCGAGAUGAGAUUAUUGUUUGAAGAGUUAAAUGCAGUAUCUCAUAUCCAUGAAGUAUUGAUUAUCGCAAAAACUGUCUUCCAGUACUUCCAAUACACUUCCAGUAGCAAUCAAGGCUUGUUGGCUGGUUAUGUUCACGUACUCAUGCUGAUUUAGCCUCGUCAACAAUUAGCUUUACAUUUUAGCUGUUUAGAAAUCCUGCAUUUGCUUGACCCUGGGACCUGCUGGGAUAAAGACACUUUUAGUUUCUUCAGUUUUAAUUUCUAUAUUCUUCAGAUAUCGGCAUAGCUGAAAACCAAAGACCAUGUGUUUGUUAUCCUCUUUGAUGACCUCACUGUAUGGACACAUGCAACUUUACACAAUGAAAUUAAAGUCUGAUCUGAUGCAA